AUGAAAAAUCAAACAUCUGUGUAUGAGUUCAUUCUUCUGGGAUUGACAGAUGACCCAAAGCUAAAUAUUUUAAUUUUUCUAUUUUUAUUUCUAGCUUAUAUACUGAGUAUUACUGGAAAUAUGACAAUAAUUACCCUCACUCUGAUUGAUUUGCACCUCAAAACACCUAUGUAUUUCUUUCUUAGGAACUUCUCUUUCCUAGAAAUCUCAUUCACAACAGUUUGUAUUCCUAGAUUCCUGGUCAGUAUUGUAACAGGGGAUAUGACCAUUUCUUAUAAUUCUUGCAUGGCCCAGGUGUUUUUCUUUAUACUCCUUGGUUCAACAGAAUUUUUCCUUUUGACUGCCAUGUCCUAUGAUCGGUAUAUAGCUAUCUGUAAGCCAUUGUAUUACACAACAAUAAUGAACAGCAGGAUCUGCAUCCAGCUGGUACUUAGUUCUUGGCUGGCUGGAUUUCUCAUUAUCUUUCCACCUGUCAUCAUGGGGCUUCAACUGGAUUUCUGUGACUCCAACAUCAUUGACCACUUCACCUGUGACUCCUCUCCAAUGCUACUGAUUGCCUGCACAGACACAACUUUCCUGGAGCUCUUGGGAUUUUUCCUGGCAGUAUUCGUUCUCAUGAUGACCUUAACAUUAGUGAUCCUUUCCUACAUAUUCAUCCUUAAGACAAUUCUGAGAAUCCCCUCUGCUGAGCAGAGGAAAAAGGCCUUUUCCACUUGUUCCUCACACAUGAUUGUUGUCUCCAUUUCUUAUGGAAGCUGCAUUUUCAUGUAUGUCAAAACUUCAGCAAAAGAAGGUGUGGCUUUGACUAAGGGUAUAGCAGUUCUCAAUACCUCUGUUGCCCCAAUGCUAAAUCCUUUUAUUUACUCCCUGAGGAACCAGCAAGUAAAGCAAUCCUUUAAGAACUUGCUCAAAAGGCAUUUUUCAAAUAAAUUUUAA